UGACGGGCGCUUUGCGGGUGGACGCCAUGAGACCCCCCUGUCUGCCGCUCGUCCUGCUGCUGCUGUUGGAGGGGUCGGCGCACGCGCUGUUCCCCGAAGAGCCCAGCCCAAUCACUGUAGCCCUUGAUGACUAUGUGAAGCAGUAUUCGGUCUUCGUGGGGAACGGGGUAGGGCGGUUCUCCAGCCAAGACGGCGGAGCGGAGCGCCUCAACAUCCAACGGAUACUGACAUUCAAUAGGACCUUGUUCAUAGGAGACAGGGAUAGCUUGUACCGCAUCAGCUUGGAACCUGCCUCAGCUGGCGAGAUGCGCUACCAUCGGAAACUAACCUGGACGUCAAACCAACAUGAUAUCAACAUCUGUCGGAUGAAGGGAAAACACGAGGCAGAAUGCCGGAAUUUCAUCAAAGUGCUACUCUUGCACAACAACAACAUGCUUUUUGUGUGUGGGACCAACGCCUUCAACCCCGUCUGUGCCAACUACAGCAUGGACGCCCUGGAGCUGAUAGGCGAUAAUAUCAGCGGCAUGGCCCGGUGCCCCUACGAUCCGAAACACGCCAAUGUCGCUCUCUUUACAGGGGGGAUGCUGUUCACCGCCACGGUGACGGAUUUCCUAGCCAUCGACGCGGUGAUUUACCGCAGCCUCGGAGACACCCCGACCCUGCGCACCGUCAAGCACGACUCCAAAUGGUUCAAAGAACCAUAUUUCGUCCACGCCGUGGAGUGGAAGAGCCACGUGUAUUUCUUCUUCAGGGAGAUCGCGAUGGAGUUCAACUACUUAGAGAAGGUGGUAGUUUCUCGGGUGGCCCGGGUAUGUAAGAGUGACAUGGGAGGCUCCCAGCGGGUGCUAGAGAAACAGUGGACAUCCUUCCUCAAGGCCCGCCUCAACUGCUCAGUGCCGGGCGACUCGCACUUCUACUUCAACGUCAUCCAGUCGGUCACGGACAUCUUGGAGAUCGACGGGAGACCCGUGGUGCUGGCUGUCUUCUCUACACCCACCAACAGCAUUCCCGGCUCGGCCGUCUGCGCUUUUGACAUGGCCCAAAUAGCUUCUGUCUUUGAAGGGCGUUUCCGGGAGCAGAAAUCCCCCGAGUCCAUUUGGACUCCAGUGCCGGAGGAGCUGGUACCCAAGCCACGGCCGGGCAGUUGCGCAGCUCCGGGGAUGCGCUACAACACUUCCAGCUUCUUUCCGGACGAGAUCCUCAAUUUCGUCAAGACGCACCCCCUGAUGGACGAGGCGGUGCCGUCUUUGGGCAACGCCCCCUGGAUCGUCCGGACCAUGACCCGGUAUCAGCUGCGCAAGAUCGUGGUGGACCCUGCGGCAGGGCCUGGCAAGAACCACACCGUGGUCUUCCUGGCCUCCGACACGGGCACGGUGCUCAAGUUCCUCAUCCGCACCAACAUCAGCGCCACGACCCUCCGGGCUAGUAGCCACAGUUUGCUUCUGGAGGAGUUUGAGACCUACCCGAGUGACAAGUGCGGCAAGGAUAACGUGGACGAACGGAAACUCCUGAGCAUGGAACUGGACAAAGCCACCGGCUCGCUGCUGCUGGCCUUCCCUCCCUGCGUGGUGCGCGCCCCCGUGGCCAGAUGCCACCAGCAUUCCGGCUGUAUGAAGAACUGUUUGGCAAGCCGUGACCCUUACUGUGGUUGGACACCUGAAGGAUCGUGUGUCUUCCUAGAACAGAACACCAGGGCUGCGUUUGUGCAAGACAUCAGCGGGGUCAAGACUUCCCACCUUGGCGACUGUGAAGGGCUGGUGACCGAAAGCUUUGUGGAUGAGCCGGACGGUCUGGUGUCAGUGAACCUCCUGGUGAUCUCCUCCGUGGCCGCCUUCGUCAUCGGCGCCGUGAUCUCGGGCUUCAGCGUCUGCUGGUUCAUCGGCCACCGGGACCGCAAGGAGAUGGCCCGCCGCAAAGACAAGGAGAACAUCCUGUCGCACAGCGAGUCGGUGGUGAGCGUCAGCCGGUUGGGCGAACGGCGUUCCCGGGGCGGCCCCGGCGGUGGGCAGCCGGAGAACCUGCUGGCCCCGCUGAUGCAGAACGGGUGGCCCAAGGGUCUCCUCAAGGUGAGCCAGCACGACCUGGAUUCGGGGGUCCUCCCGACCCCGGAGCAGACCCCUCUGCAACAGAAGCGAUGCCCCAAGGCCUGCACCUGGGAGUACAGCCACAACCUCAUCAACGCCUCCCUGCGAGGCGGGGAGACCCCGUCCUCGGUGAUCCUGCUCCACGCCGGCCAUACCCCGAUGCCUCCGCACCACCUGAGCUCCGGCCGGGUCAUCCCCAUCUCCUGCCACUCCAUGUUGAUGGACCAAGAACUGGAGGGCGAGGGGCCGGACCUCUCGUUGGACAUGCGCUACCUGCCAGUCAGCGGGGGCGACGGCCCCAGGAGUGUCCAGCAGCAGCAAGCACCGUUGCACCGGCCCUGUGGGACGCGGAGCUCCUACGGCGGCGAGCUGCCCAUCACGCCGCACGACAGCCCGGACCGGCGGCGGGUGGUAUCAGCCCCGGGCGGGGAGACGGGGGACCCCGCUCAGUGGAACCCUGACAAGCUGAACUCGAAUCCCAACAACGCCGCCAGCAAGGCGAGCGCACACCUGAAGCGCACCCACACGUUUAACAGCGGGGAAGGCCCGGCGGCGUACGCCCGGUCUCAGCGGGCGCCCACGCUGGCACCUCAACACACCCUGGCGGACUUGAGCCACCUGCUGAAGUACACGGGCAUCGAACGGACUCCCUCCUCUGUCAAAUAAGGAGCCAUCCCAGGGGGGCGUGGCUUGGUUUGGUAACCUCCCUCCUCGUGGGAAAAGGGGGCGGGGUUUCAUGGCGGAGAGGAGGAGGGGCGGAUCAGGAAAAAACCGACAACGAGAGACCCUUGCUCCCGCUUGGGGAGGGACGUCAGGAGGAGGAGGAGGAGGAGGAGGAGGAGGCGCGUUCCCCCCUCCAGGGCCUACGGAUUGUCGGGGUGAGCGGGUCACCGGGGAGAUACUGUUUGGCGCAAAAAGGGGGGGACCUCUUCUGUGUGUGCGUGCGUGUGCGUUUGCGUGU